GUAUUCGUUCCAACAUGAACUUCAGUUGAGCUCCCCGGUAUACAUACGUCAUUCGUUUCAUCAGACAUCCCCAGAUACAGUAACUCAAGGCAUUCGCUCCCUUGACUCCCAUCGUUCCAUAACAUUUCGGUUCCAACAGUAUACAAACCGUGAUAUAAACAUAACAAACAAUAGCCACGCAUUGUCCAGUUGACUCACAGAUGUGGCCAUAGAUCGGAGGAGCCAUGAAUCAGAAACGUAUUAACCAGAUGCGUUCCAUUAAUCGGGGCCAGGAGCAGGGCCUGCAGCAAAUUCUACAGCCAAUGGCUGCGAGUCAAUUGCCACAAGGACAGGCAGGUGGGAAUCAGGCACAGCAGCAGCAGCAGCAGCAGAGUGUGCGUCGAAAGAUGACCUACACACGAACAGAGCUACUAUGCCGGGGAUUGCCCACAACUCAAAUUCCCCGUCGCUCGCCUCGCACCCGUGGCACUUAUUACCAAAACAACACUAUACAGCAACAGCAGCAGCAGCAGCAUCAGUCAGCAGUUGCACCACAGACACCGCUAUCUGCAGGCCCUGGCAAUGCCACUUCCCCGAUGCAGUCAAAACCACGCAGCUAUCUGCCACGUUUGUCCAGACUUCAGUCGCCGAAUCGAAAUCUCACACGUAAAACGGAAAUGGACCAUCACAAGCCGGAGAAGAAGACAACGCCUCGUGUGCCCAACACGCCACAUGCCAGUCAUUGCAGCAUUUCAUAUACAAAUCCAAAUCCAGCGCCUGCCUUGGGUCUGGGAGCCCGUAACUUCCGGAACGAAGUGAGUGGAAUACCAGUAUUGGAUAGAAACCGGAACCGGAACCUCAAGCAGCGGGUAGAGCAGCGAGAUAUUAACAAAGAACAUAUAGAAGUCGGGAAUAAUACGGAUACAAGCAGCCGAAGCAGCCGAAGCAGCAGCCCCACCGAUCAGUCCCAGGUGAGGGUGGCCAAGCCCAUACUCCUGCCGGGGGAACCACAAAACAAAAGCUUUGUCUAUCUAUGCAAGCCGGUGAAGAAGGUCAAGGAGCUGCUCACUGCCCGCCAGUUGCGUCAGAGCUGUGAGAAUCUCAAAGUGAAGGGAUACGAAGGAGGAGAGACCGUUGGCGAGUCAUUGGAGCCACAUAAGACCAACUCCGAGGAGUUGCUAUACAGCAAGGCUUUCGAGCAGGGUCUAGAGCUCUCCUCCAUAACCGAGAUGAGCAUCAGUCCGACCAGUUCCACGGCCAGUCAGCUUCAGCUUCAGCUCCAGCUGCCGCUGCAGCAGCUCCAGCAAAAGCAGAAGCAGCUGCAGCAGCUGGAGGAUAGCAAUCAGCAGCGAUUGAUGUCACAGCUGACCACGCGGCACCAGCAGUAUCGUCAUCAGUAUCAGCGGCAAAGGGAAAUGGAUAUGGUGUGCCAGAAUUUGCCAACCCUCCAGCAUGAGAUCCGUUUGCUUCAAGAGCUCAACGAGAAGCUGGAGAGCACUCUACGGGGUAAGCAGAGGAGCAGCCACUAUGACAUGGAUUGUCAGUCAUCCACUGAGUUUUAUACACCACGCUGUGGUCCCAUGCUGUUCCAGGAGAUGCCCGUCAAACAGGUGGGUUUCCUGCGUGUGGAACACCUGGCCAGGAUCACGCAAAGAGUACACACUGUGGCCAUGGCUUAUAGCUUGGCUGUGGUGCGAGAGUUUCGCAUCGAGACCAAGACCCUCAACGAGCUGAAGGCCAGCGAGGAAACGCAGUGUUUUUAUUUGCCACAACCCAAGGUGGAGGAGCAAACCCUGGUGGAGGAGCAAACCCAUCCGCCGCCCUUGCAAUGCACUAAUUUAAGGAUGCUACGCGAGAAUCCCAGUGUUUUGAUCCAGCAGCUACGUCGAGGUGGUGGUGGUGGUGGUGGCGGUAAUGGUUCAUACAAUCUCCUCGAUCACGACAUGUUUAUGUUCAUCAAUAGUUUGUCCAAGAAAUCGGAUGAGAGUUUUCUCUAUUCCAGCCUGGCGGUGGGGAUUCCCACCAAGGAUAACUCUGGUGCUGUGCCGGAGUAUCAUCAUCAUCAUCAUCAUCAUCAACAGCUGCAAGUUCAAGCGCAGUCGCAGGUCCAAGAGUUGACAGGAAAAAUGGUCCAUAGGCAGGUCAACAGCACUACACAAACGGAGGAGCAGCAAGGACAGGGGAAAGAUCAGGAAAAAUAUCAAGGAAAAGAUCAGGGAAAUGAUCAAGGAAAAUAUCAAGGAAAAGAUCUAGUAAAAAAUCAAGGAAAAGAUCAAGGAAAAGAUCAAGAAAAAGAUCAAAAUCAGGAACCUCUAGAAGCUCUCCAAUUGGGUUCAGAUCAAACCCAAGUUCAGGCCAAAAAGGACUCUAAAAAUCAAAAGCAGCAACUGAUAACUACCAGAAAGAAAAGAGUUAUCAAGAGAUCACCCAUUAAGUGCAAUGUUGAGCCCAAGGUUCACAUGAAGCUCUUCAAGACCGUGCUGGUGGGCCUCGUCCAAGUUGCUGUCUUUCUAGUUCUCAUCAUGGCCUUCAUGUAUCCGGAUGUGAGCUGUUGAAUUGCUAAGAAAAACCCCUACAAACAAAAAAAAAACUCGAGAAAAAAACCAAAGAGGCGAUAAUCAAAAUUUAUACGAAAGCAACUGUCAAAAGGAUCUGCAAUCUGCAAUCUGCAAUCAGCAAUUUGCAAUCUGUAGUCUCCAACUUCCCAUUUCCAAUUUCCUAUCUAUAUCCAGGUGCAAAUCCGAUCUUACCCCCUCCCUCACAGAAUAUAUAAAAAUAACACCGCCGAUUUGGUUCGAGUUUUACACUUUGGUUUUUCAAGCAUUUGUGUUUUAGGUUUAUUUUAAAAU